UUGCGAGGCCAGACUCGAAUGGUUGCGAGUGGAUAUUUCGUGCAGUUUAUUCUAUUUGAUAUUUCGCCUGUUUUUUUAUAUUCGACCCAACGAUAAGUGCCUCGAAAAAUCCUUGAAGUUUUUUAUUGCGUCGGAUUUUGGAAGAGGGGAACAGUGGCGCCAGCUAGGGAGCCACACCGUCGGCUUUUUCGGAAUCCGUUCAGCUAGCAACUAGCAACAGGCUUCCCCUUCGUCUAUAUAUAAGGACCGACUCUUCGAAGCUGCGUUCCACUGGUGAAAACGAGAUGGUUCCGAUGGUUACGGUACCAACGGUACGUUUGGCUGAGUACGGAAUAACAGCUUCGAACAACUAUGAAGAUGUAGUGAAAAACAUUGAUGUUUCUGAGAUUAACAAUAAAGUUAUUUUCUUUCGUUUUAUGGGACUUGAAAUAAAGAACUCUGAUAAAACGAUAACUGAUAAAACUUGUAGGAAUAACGAUAAAAACGGUACAUAUGAUAAGUUACAAGAAAAUCCCAUGUGUCCAAAUGAACAGCCCAGUGAAGUCACGAGGUCUGAUACAACUCCGAAAAACUUAAGCGUCCAAUCAACUACAAAUAUCCGAACAAACAAAAGAAUCCAUCAGUCCGAUGAUAUGAUUGAUUCGCGAAAGAGCAUUAAGUGCACGAGAGAGUGUAGCGUCGUGGUAAUCGGUGAAAAGUGUCGGAUUUGUGGCAAAAACUUUAAAUGCGUCAAGGACGUUGAAGUGCACACAAAAAAUAAACACAGGAGCAAGAAACCAAGAAGAAAGCACGUGGUACUGAGAAUCGGUGACGAGGUUAUAGGGCGAGUAUCAAUCAGAAAGAAACAUUUGAAACGUGCCUAUCGCGAAACUCUUGAUGAUGAGGUAACGACGUUUAUUUCCUCUGACAAGGGUGAGAAAAUCAACCGAAACGAUCGGAUCAACGACGGAAGAUUAGCAACUCCGUUGAUCAGUGUCGAAGAUAUCUGUGAUAUCGCCGAUACCGCAUCUCGCCAAUCGAAGAUCGAUGAGCGUAAUGUUCUGUUAAGUUCUCUGGGAGAUCAUAGAACUGGAUCCUCGAAUCGUUACGGUAAUAACAGCAAUGAAGAAAUCAUGGAAGUAUUGAGAAUCAGGAGGUUGUCUAAAUUUGGCCCAUCAAUUAAUCACGAAACGCCCAAUCGCGCGGAACGAGAGCUUUUGCUUUCCGACGCUAUUCGCGAAUUCGACAGAAUGGAGAACGACCCAAUGGACAUGCUUGAAUUCACCGACAACGGGGAACCUUCGCGCGAUCUGAACGAAGAUUUAAUGGAAGAUUACUGUUGGCUCGGUGAUGGAACUCUACGAAAUGACGAUCUUGAUAUUAUUGAGAACAAUUGUUCUUAUCGCAUCAAGGAUGGAUAUGACAUUGACAGUUCCCAUGAAAUUCCUAAUUCACUGCUGGGAGAGUUCGCCCCUAGCUAUUUUAACGAUGAAAAUCUUUAUUCCAAGGAGUAUCGAAAGGAAAAUGGUGAAAUUGUUCCCGACUUCAUCGACUACACGCAGUGCUUGAACAACAACUACUCGCGAGUCAACGCUAACAAUAACAAUAACAAAAGUGGCAGUGAUGCUCACAACAUUGAAAGCUCGUUUUAUAACGAGGCUCAAAUAAACGAAUGGAAUCACCUCACUAAAACGUCUCUUGCAUUUAAUGGAAAUGGUCCUCGAGGAACGGAAAGUACCACGAAUCUUCCGAUUGUCAUCAAAGAAGAAGUAAUAUUGGAUGAGACGCCUAUUAGCAUUUAAGUGUUUCCUUACUUUACACGUCGAUUAACAAUUAUAUACUUAGGUUCACUCUUCAGUGAAAUAAAGCUCUGUACAGUUAGUUUUACACGUA